AUGAGUUUAUUACAUUUAAUUCCUCGUGAUUUGAAACCUACCAAUAUCGAAAUCCUUAUUGGAUUUUUAUUUGUGAUAUCUUUAUAUAUCUUUUAUUUCUAUUAUAAACACUUUACUCGUAUUAAUCCACUCCCUGGUCCAUUCCCAAUUCCUUUGAUAGGAAGUUUUGGAGUUUUUGAAGGAGAUAUUGAUGCUUGGUUUUAUAGAUUAAAUAAAGAAUAUGGUCAUAAUGGUGUAUAUGAAUUAACUAUUGCUGGCAAAAGACAAAUUGUAAUUACUCAUGCUGAACAUAUUGAAAGCAUUUUAAAACAUGUAACGAGAACUGCUAAUGAUGGUAUUUUAGAUUUAUUUGAUCUUGAUAAUAAAGGUUUAGCUUUGAAUCAUGAUUACAAUCGUUGGAAAUUCAAUCGUCGCAUUUUUUCACAAGCUAUUAUGUCUUUAACUUCUUCAACUUAUUCUCCUAAGCUUAGUAAAGUUGAAAAUAUUUUAUUUGAAGAAAUGUCAAAUUAUUGGAUCAAUUUGAAACAAAAAGACGAAAAUGCAAUAAUUAUUGAUAUAGCUGCUUGGACACGUCGAUUUAUAUGUGAUUUUACAUCCUUUUUGACAACUGGGAGACGAACCAAUACAAUUCAAAAUUAUUAUCAUAUAUUAAAUAAUGAAGUUAUUACAAAAGAGAUGAUUGAGUCUGAAGAAUUUAUUGAAAAUAUAAAAGUUUUUGUAUCAAAUAAUCAAUUCAUAUUUGUACCGAAACUUAUAAAAGAUUUACCUUUUAUUAAAGGUCGAGUGAAUUGUUUGUUGGAUAAUAAUCAUUCCUUUUAUAAAAGAUUGGAAGAAAUGACUGUGAAUACUUUUUGUUUUGUAUUAUAUUACAUUUCACAUAAUCCAAAUGUUAAAAAGAAAUUGUUGGAGGAGAUUAAAUCAGUUUUCAAUGAUGACAGACAUGUAACGAUUGAUGAUCUCGAAAAAUUAAAAUAUUGCGAAGCAAUAAUUAAAGAAGCAGCGAGAAUAAGACCUACAGUAAUUUAUAGAAGGUUUGAUGUUGAAUUAGUAGAUAUGCAAGCACCCCUUGAUGUUGAAACUUCAACAUUCACCUUCAUUAAAGAAUUAAACAUCAAACUUAUUCCUAGAGAAUUAAAAGCCCAUUCAUAA